CUCUCAGAAAAAGAUGGUAGAUGGGGUAAGGGGGAAGGUGGUCGGUGCGCAUAUCGAUACUCACCAGCAGUAAUCCAGACAAGGCAGACGAUAACCGAGAGCGCAGCUUUGCUCGUCCUGCUCAAAUAUCCUUCGACGGCUUUUGAGAAAACGAAAGACUCCAAGCGAGUAUCCCCAAUUUCACGUCAGCUCUUCUUUAUCACGCGCGUGGCAGUUACUCGUGAGGGCUGACGGCGACUGAUGGACUCCGAAUUUGAUAAUCCUUCACCCCUCGUUCGACGAGCGCGGUCGAGAUCGUGUACCGCGAGGACGAGUCGGGUCGAUGACAGCAAUGAUCGUACGGUCGAACCAUUUGCCUCUACAGAGAUUUUCGACCACAUCAAGAACAUCAACGAUCCCGAACAUCCUUACAGCCUUGAGCAGCUAGAUGUCGUGAAGGAGGCUGGAUUGCUGGUGGAAGGAUCGCGCGUGAAAGUUGUCUUCACCCCGACUGUCCCUAGUUGCAGUAUGGUGACCCUGAUCGGCCUUUCAAUUCGAUUGAAACUCUCUCGGGUACUUCCAAAAAGAUUCAAAGUUGACACAAUUGUCUAUCCCGGGUCGCAUACUUCGGAAAUGUCUGUCAACAAGCAGCUUAAUGAUAAGGAGCGCGUGGCUGCAGCUUUGGAAAAUCCAAAUCUAGUACAAAAGGUCGACUUGUGUCUGAGCGGCAAAACCGCGUUUUGAUCACUCGAAGUGCCAUAGCCGUUGCAAGGUCCGUCGUAGAAUAUUAUUGGGCUGGUGAUGGUCGGGCUGCUUUUCGCAGCGCAACGCCUCGUUAUAGUGACAAAUGUGAUGAAGACGCCGCUUGGCUUUUACCUUCGUAAUAUAUAUCCCGUUCAGGGUGAGAAUGUCUACCCUACAUUUAAUACACAGCACUACUCGUAGUCC